GUCCGAACAGUUAUCAUUAAAGUACCUGUCAGCCUCGAGUGUCAAGUACUGUUUGUCAUUUAACAUGCUUGCAAACAAGUUUGGCCGUACCGUGGUUAGGUUGCGUUGCUGCAACGCAGUGCCCUUAUGCGGUGUUAGCCAGAGACAUAUGGGUCGGUACCGAUCUGGUUGGGCUGUGGUGUGUCAACAGCGGACGCUGUGGCUCCAGAUGAAUGUUGCGGAGCGGACAAAACAGACUGCUGUGCACCGUCAACUCAGUACAAGAACAUCCCACCAAACCACAGUGGACCCUGACGAGCUGAAAAGGUUUCGAUCACUGGCCAGCAAGUGGUGGGAUGAAAAUGGCGAGUUCAGAGCCCUUCACUCCAUGAAUGACCUGAGAGUGCCUUUCAUAAGAGAUAAUCUGCUGAAUGUGCACAAAGCACAUCAUCCUGGAAAACCACUUGCCGGACUAAGAGUUCUGGAUGUCGGCUGUGGAGGCGGCCUGCUCACUGAGCCUCUUGGUCGCCUGGGAGCCAGCGUGUUAGGUAUCGACCCAGUGGAGGAUAGCAUUGGCACGGCACAGCUGCAUUUGUCGUAUGACCCCGAUCUUGGCGAGCGGGUCGGCUAUCGGGCGUGCACCCUGGAGGAGCUGUCGGCAGAUGCGGCGGGAGGAGAGACGGACCGCGGGGACGUCCUGUUUGAUGCCAUCGUAGCGUCCGAGGUCGUGGAACAUCUGGCUGACCUGGAAACAUUUGCAAUCUGCUGCAGCCACGUGCUGAAGCCAGGCGGCUCACUCUUCAUCACCACCAUUAAUAAAACCAACCUGUCAUAUGCCUUGGCUAUUGUGGCGGCCGAGCAGCUGAUGCGUAUCGUUCCCAGGGGGACGCACGACUGGGAAAAGUUCAUCAGCCCAGUAGAUCUGGAGCGCCGUCUAGAGUCCAAUGGUUUCUCGGUGCAGUCGGUCCAAGGUAUGAUGUACAAUCCAGCAUCAGGAGGCUGGAGCUGGAUCAACAGCACUGCCAUCAAUUAUGCCCUGCACGCUGUCAAAUUGGCUGAGGAGCCUAACUCAGACUCCAAAAUGGGCAACCCGGAGAACUCCACAGCAUCACACAGCUGAGCCACUGCAUCUAGACAUUGGUCAAGUUAUUUUGAGCCAGUUGCUGGUUUGCACAUCUAAGCAGCAGACAGGUAUGCAAAUGAGUUCAUCAGAAGAAAAGCUGCAGCUCCACAUUGUAGGUGUUUGAAUGUUCAUAGCUCCUUGAGUCACUGAAUAUUCUGAACAUGAGCCAAAUAUGUUAUUUGUGACGAGAAUGCAAACACCAAAUAGGGUUUUCCGCCACAAGCGUGAGUAUUUUUAGCGUGGAAGCGGGAAGAGGGGGUAGUCACAUGCUGGUGAGGCUUGAUAUCAUUUCACGUGCCACUAUUAUGUAAUACGACUAAAGGCAAUGGCAUAAAAUAA